CCUGCCAGGUCCCUCCCCUCCGGGAGCACUGUGAUGCUGCAGGGCAGCUGCUGGCCCAGCGUGAGCGUCCCCGGCCCCCUCCCGCCUAGUGCCAUAACAGCGGAGGCGGCGGGAUCUGGAACAGUUGGGGCGGGCAGGCCCAGCGGGGAGAGGGAGUGCAUAUCAGUCCACGUGGGCCAGGCAGGAGUUCAGAUUGGAAAUGCCUGCUGGGAGCUCUUCUGCCUGGAACACGGCAUCCAGGCAGAUGGCACCUUUGGCGCUCAAGCCAGCAAGAUCAACAAUGAUGACUCGUUCACCACCUUUUUCAGUGAGACUGGCAAUGGGAAGCACGUGCCCCGGGCUGUCUUAGUAGAUCUGGAGCCAACUGUGGUAGAUGAGGUUCGGGCAGGAACCUACCGCCAGCUCUUCCAUCCAGAGCAGCUCAUUACAGGAAAGGAGGACGCAGCUAACAACUAUGCCAGGGGACACUACACAGUGGGCAAAGAGAGCAUCGAUCUUGUCCUGGACCGCAUACGGAAACUGACAGAUGCUUGCUCUGGCUUGCAAGGCUUCCUGAUCUUCCACAGUUUUGGUGGAGGUACUGGCUCUGGUUUCACUUCUCUGCUGAUGGAACGCCUCUCCCUUGAUUAUGGCAAGAAGUCCAAGCUAGAGUUUGCUGUCUACCCAGCUCCCCAGGUCUCGACUGCAGUGGUCGAGCCCUACAACUCCAUCUUGACCACGCACACCACACUAGAACAUUCCGACUGUGCAUUCAUGGUGGAUAACGAGGCCAUCUAUGACAUCUGCCGCAGGAACCUAGACAUCGAACGCCCCACCUACACCAACCUCAACCGCCUCAUCAGUCAGAUCGUGUCCUCAAUCACUGCCUCUCUCCGCUUCGACGGGGCCCUCAACGUGGACCUCACCGAAUUCCAGACCAACCUGGUACCCUACCCCCGCAUCCACUUCCCACUGGUCACUUACGCACCCAUCAUCUCUGCGGAGAAAGCUUAUCAUGAACAACUGUCAGUGGCCGAAAUCACCAGCUCCUGCUUUGAGCCCAACAGCCAGAUGGUGAAGUGUGACCCAAGACACGGCAAGUACAUGGCCUGCUGCAUGCUGUACCGGGGGGACGUGGUGCCCAAGGAUGUGAACGUUGCUAUUGCCGCCAUCAAGACGAAGAGGACCAUCCAAUUUGUGGACUGGUGUCCCACAGGCUUCAAGGUGGGCAUCAACUACCAGCCUCCCACGGUGGUGCCAGGAGGGGACCUGGCCAAGGUCCAGAGGGCUGUCUGCAUGCUGAGUAACACCACGGCCAUUGCGGAGGCCUGGGCCCGCCUGGACCAUAAGUUCGACCUGAUGUACGCCAAGCGAGCCUUUGUGCACUGGUAUGUUGGAGAGGGAAUGGAAGAAGGAGAAUUUUCCGAGGCCAGGGAGGACCUGGCUGCCCUGGAGAAGGAUUAUGAAGAAGUGGGGACUGAUUCAUUUGAAGAAGAAAAUGAAGGGGAGGAAUUUUAAAUAUACACCUUCCCCUUGGCUGUGUCUCUUUAUUUAUGCUGCUCCACCGAAACCACAUUCAAGUAUAACGUACCACUCUCCUAUCCUGCCUGACUCUUGUCUACAUAGGAGCAAGAUGGUGAAAAUAGUAACCACGUGUGCUGGGAUUGGGCUAAACAUGGAUGAGGGCUCUGUCAGAUGCCGUGCUAAGUGAGAACAACUUCAUGUCAGAUGGGAAAUGAAGGCUACUGUAUAUGGGCGAGGGUGAAGCCAACUUGCACGUGUAAGGAGAACAAGGAGUUUAAGUUCUAGUGUUGGCUGAAUCCACUCCACAUCAUGGCCUGCUGGCUGGAGAAUGCUAAAAUGUACAAGGAAAGAAAUGGUCUGUGCAGUGGGGAGAUUCUAGGCAGAGGUGAGCAGAAGUUCA